UGCCCACGUAAAUAAUACAGUGGACCUACACUUCCCAGAAACCACCUCGCUUUCUACGUGUUUCGUUGACUCGAACUCCAACCUCUCGUGCUCUCGCUGUGUUGCUAAUGUAAAUCUUUGAAAAAUAAAAAGGUAAUUUCAGGCGAUAGAGACAGUUAACAAGUAUCCUCUAUUAUUGAGAGGAAAGCCGACAUUUGACGAGUGGACACAGGGUUAGCAAGCUAGGAUAAGUAUAUUAUUAUCGAUGAAAAUGUCUUAAUAGCUUGGCUGCAAUGUAACAAAAUAAUAGUAUGUGUGAUCAUAUAUGGAAAUGAGACAUUCGCUGUCAAUAUAGCCUGCUUUUAUAUAACGUUACAAUGUUGAGAACUGAUACCUGGUGCUCCAGUAUUAAAUCUUGAUGAUCUCUAGCUAUGCUAAAUACAGCUAUUUGUCCCAGACAGCACAGCUACACAUCAUCUAGAUAUCACCUGCUGGCUAGCUAUUUUUGAUAUAUUAAAUAGUGUUACCAAAAUAUUUGACCUACCCAGUUUAGAAGGGGGUCUGGACAAUUUAUUACAGGUUUAAUUUUCUAAUGGCAAAGGAAGAAUGCAUUACACAAUGGAACAAAACAGGGGACACUUCAACACUACGAAACAGGAAAAAAUUUCCCACCUCAGAGAAGACCCUCCAAACCCCAUCCCUUCCUUUAUCAGAGGACAAAAACAGUCAAACUGCUGGACACUUGUCAGAAGAUGACUCCAAGUCUUCCAAUGGGACAUCUACUCAGUUUUCUGCCAGAGGACAUCUCAGUAAGGAUCCCCCGAGCAAAGUGCUGCUGAUGUUGGUGAUGGGGCUGUCUUUCUCUACACGCCUCUACAAGAUAACAGAGCCCUCUCACGUGUGCUGGGAUGAGACGCACUUUGGAAAGAUGGGAAGCUACUACAUCAACAGGACCUUCUUUUUCGAUGUCCAUCCUCCUCUUGGAAAAAUGCUGAUCGGUCUCGCCGGUUACAUGACCGGUUAUGAUGGCACUUUUCCUUUCGUAAAGCCAGGAGAUAAAUAUGAACACCACAACUACUGGGGGAUGAGAGGGUUUUGUGCCAUGUUGGGCUCCUGUCUCCCAAUCUUUGCCUACCUCAUAGUACUGGAGUUGUCUCAGUCUCACACUGCUGCCCUCAUCACUGCCACCCUGCUCAUAUUUGACACUGGCUCCAUCACCAUCUCCCAGUACAUCCUGUUGGACCCUAUACUCAUGUUCUUCAUCAUGGCAGCCGUGCUCAGCAUGGUCAAGUUCAACCAGCAGAGGCAUUUUACCUCCUCCUGGUGGCUGUGGCUGGUACUGACUGGUGUAAACCUUGCCGGAGCAAUGGGUGUGAAGUUUGUGGGACUGUUUGUCGUCCUGCUGGUGGGAUUGAACACAGUCUGGGAUCUCUGGAGACUUUUGGGAGACCUUAGCCUCUCACUGGUGGAAAUUGCGAAGCACUUCCUGGCUCGGGUUGUUGGACUCAUUCUGCUUCCACUCUUCCUCUACGUUACAAUAUUUGCAAUCCACUUUGUUGUGUUGAACAAAAGCGGACCGGGAGAUGGUUUCUUCAGUUCAGCCUUUCAGUCCCGUCUGAUCGGGAACAAUCUACACAAUGCCUCCAUGCCUGAGUACCUGGCAUAUGGCUCCACCAUCACUGUAAAAAACCUCCGCAUCGCUGGAGGCUAUUUGCACUCUCACUGGCACUUAUACCCAGAGGGAGUGGGAGCGAGACAGCAGCAGGUGACAGCCUAUCUCCACAAGGACUACAACAACUUGUGGCUUGUUCACAGACAGGAUGAUAAUGAAUCUCAAUCUGGGACACCCGAUCUGGUUCGUCACGGUGACAUCAUUCGACUGGAGCACAAAGAAACAACCCGUAACCUUCACGGUCACCUCCACGAGGCCCCUCUGACGAAGAAACACUUCCAGGUCACAGGCUAUGGCACUAAUGGCACAGGUGACAAAAAUGACCUGUGGCAGGUGGAGGUGUGUGGAGGCCGGAAGGGCGACCUGGUGAAGGUGCUGCGUAGCAAAGUCCGCUUUCUGCACCGAGCUACGGGCUGUGUGCUUUACUCCUCUGGCAAGACUCUCCCAAAGUGGGGCUGGGAACAGGUGGAGGUGACAUGUAGUCCCUACCUGAAGGAGACUCCAAGCUCUCAGUGGAACAUUGAAGAUCAUAUCAACGCCAAAUUGCCCAACAUCAGUCUGUCUGUGCUGAAGCCCCAUUUCAUGGAAAUCUUACUGGAGUCCCACAUUGUCAUGAUACGAGGUAACAGUGGCUUGAAACCCAAAGACAAUGAGAUGAACUCAAAACCCUGGCACUGGCCCAUCAACUAUCAGGGCUUGAGGUUUUCUGGAGUGAACGACACAGAGUAUCGUGUUUACCUGCUGGGGAACCCUGUGGUCUGGUGGAUGAACAUGGCCACUUUGGGAUUGUAUCCUAUCAUGGUGGCAGUGGCGUCUAUAGCCCUCCAAAGAGGUUUCUCAUUGAGCCAAAAAAGAAUAGAGCAUUCUCUUGUGCUUCUGAGGGAAGGAGGACUGCUCCUCCUCGGUUGGCUGCUGCACUAUGCACCUUUCUUUAUAAUGGGCCGUAUCCUCUACUACCACCAUUACUUCCCUGCCAUGCUCUUCAGCAGCAUGCUAACAGGAAUCACAUUCGACAUUCUGCUGAAAAGCACGGACCUGUUUCUCCGCCCACCUUAUUGUGAUUGGCUGCAGAGACUCGGGCAGAUGGUGCUUCUGUUUAGUGUUCUUUACAGUUUCUACCUGUUUCAUCCACUCUCCUACGGCAUGAAGGGUCCUCUGGCACACGAGCCGGGCAGCGCCAUGGCCGGCCUGAAGUGGAUGGACUCCUGGGAGUUCUAGUCAGCUUUGCACGAAUGAUGUAGAACUGUUCUGACUCUGAGGGACUUUAAUCAAACAUGUGUCUCACAGACUGAUGGUCUUAAUUUUCACAAGGUGCACACACUACCAUAGAAUCUCUAUCCAAGUAUUUGUUUUUAUAUUUGUCUAUAAUGUGUGAAGAGUUAUGAGACAGACCUGGUCAGUGCAAUAUGAAAGCCAGAGUGCUGUGAAGUAUUUGAGAAUAAAGACAUAGACACUAAGCAUCACCAAGCUGCCUUAACUAACAACACAUCGUACAUCUUGUAUUAUGGAUAUGUGUACAGUUUGACACAAUAAUAAGCUUAAGUGCCUGUGAGGAGCUAGUGAAAGAAAUCUGAUGUUCAACUGCUGCAUCUCCGUGUUGGUCAGUUUUUAAGAAAACACAUUUUGGUACUUAGUUAUAGGCUAUCAGAGACUGUAUUUACAUUUUAGUUUGUCUUGAUCUUUGCCCUGUAUUUUUAUAUUGUAGUUGGCCAUCAGUGCUGUCCAGUACUGGCUUCUGUUUUUACAUUAUACUGUAAUACUACUACGGACUCUUGGUGUCGUGUACAUUUGAGUAUGAUAAAUAUACGGUGAUAUUCUUGUA